GGUUUUUGAAUUAAUAGUAGGCUACUUGUGAGUUCAUAGGCUACUGCUGGAUAUAUUUAAGGUUGCGCUUAUUGACUGGUUGCUAAAUGUUAAAAAGGCUACCUUUUAUUUUAAUUUUUGGAAAAUGAUUUAUAGCAAUAUGAAAAAAAAUGCCUCAUGGUCACAUACCAAACGUGGCACUUGGGGUCUUUUAUCUCUCGUGUCUUGUCCUACAUAUGAUAAUAUCUGACAAAAAGUCUUGGAGAGCUUUGUUGUCUGUUUUCUUUGGCGUGCAGUUAAAAGAUCAUUGUGAAGAACUUUAAAGCAGAUGUUUUUUUGUUUUUUUUUUAUCAUUGGGGGCUACUUACUUCUGUCUCUGCUCAAGUACAGCCCCUCUGCCCGUAUGGGGAUGUUCCCACAUGCUUUAUGGUAAAUCACCAACUGGUUGACUGCUGUUUUUAAAGGCAUUAGGCCCACCUACUUUGUCCGCGGAUUUCUCUUUUAAUUUCAUGUUGGCAGACGCUCAAUCGACUGUGCGAUGGUUUGGUUUGCUGUACUUUCUCACCCGGUCUGGGCAGUUUUAGCGGCGUUGCUGGCGGUCGUGGUGCGCAUCCAGCGCAGAGGUCGCUGGGACCCGAAAGCCUGCUCCGUGCGGCUGAAAGGGAAGACCGCUAUAGUGACAGGAGCCAAUACAGGGAUCGGGAAGUUCAUUGCCUUGGACUUUGCCCGUCGGGGGGCUCGUGUUAUUCUGGCCUGUCGAAGUGAAGCCCGGGGGACAGCAGCACUUAAAGAAAUCAGGGAGAAGACAGGAAACUCUGACAUCCACCUGCGUCUGGUGGACCUGUCUGAUCUGGACUCUGUCAGGGAAUUUGCCAAGGGGAUUCUCGCAGAGGAGAAAGCCCUCCACCUCCUCGUCAAUAAUGCUGGAGUAUCAGGUUUACCAAAGCAGAUCACCAAAGAUGGGUUGGAGGUUUCUUUUGCCACCAACCACCUGGGACCAUUUCUCCUCACCAACCUGCUGCUGGACCUGAUGAAGAGUUCAGCUCCAGCGCGUAUUGUCACCGUCGCCUCAGUCAACCAUAAGAAGGGUCAAGUGGACUUUUCACAUUUUCAUGGCGAGAACCUCACUUAUUUCAUGGAUGCUGUCUACAACCACACGAAGCUGCACAAUGUCAUCUGUACGAAGGAGCUAGCACGCAGGCUAGAAGGGACAGGUGUCACGGCAAACUCCGUCCACCCUGGUAUUGUCAUGACAGAAGUGUUGAGACACUAUCCAUUCAUGGUUCGUUUUAUUUUCAACCUGGUUGGAGUUUUCUUUUUCAAGUCUCCAGAGGAGGGUGCAGCCAGCACAAUCUACUGUGCAGUAGCAGAAGAAAUGGAGGGGAUAACUGGGAAGUAUUGUGACAGUGACUGCUGUCUGGUCCUCCCCGCCCCUUUGGCUCGAGACGCUGCCCUCGCAGUCAAGGACUUUGAUAUCAGCGAGAGGCUGACAUCAAAGCUCUGAAACGACUAUCAGUUUAAUGGAGGCUUGAUAACAGAAAAGGGGUCAAAAUCCAUCCUCUUGCUGCACUUCUUGAGUGAACAGUUCUGACAUAAUGUGUCUCUAAAAUGAUCAGUCCUCGUUUCUGAAUGCUUAAAUGAAUAACGUAUUGAAUAUUUGUAAAGCCGUAAUCACUUGCUUGUCAUAUCAGCAAUCAUUCUCUGUAAGUAAUUGUCAUUCAUGAAAAUGGUGAAUGUUUUCGUCUUUUAUAGAAAGAAAUGUGACUUUCAUUCAGACAUGUGAAUGAGUGAGUAUCCUGAGACAUACUGACACCAUGUGGCCAACUCAUGCUUCUUCCGAAAUGACAACAGAGAUUCCAAUAUGUGACACAAUCACUUCCCUUUAUUGACUGAUUCAUUAACACACAAUAAAACAUUUGAGUAUUCAGUGCUUUUUGAAGAAUUUGUACAGCGUUGGUUCAACCCUUGGUGUCUUCAACCUCGCUAUUUGGCUACAGAGACAGAGAUAGUGGAAGAACAGCAUGGUCACCAAGGAGGAUUUUAAUCAUAGCAAUAUCACUUGUAAGUCUGUGUCUACUUAUCAUCUUUGGAUAAUAAAAGAAGAAACAA